AUGACGCCGGCCGCAUCGUCCGCGUCCUUGAUGUUGUUGCCUGGCAGCAAGCCUGGUAGCGUGGCAGCGUGCUUCGUGGCGCGCGGAAACAUCCCAGUACACCUCCACCCCCUGCCCAACAUCCAGGUGUACCUGCUCAUCAAGUUCAACGACAUGCUUCUGGCCACUCGGGGCGAGACUUCGAUGCAGGAAGUGCUCCACAAGUGGUUCGAGACGGGCCUCCAGGCCGACAUCUCCAAGUUCAUCGAGACCGAGGAGAUGCCAGUCUACGUGGCCGACGCGGCCCCGCAGGUGAGCCUCCUGACCGAGGCCUACCCCAUUCCCUGCGUCGUCCAGCAGAGCCAGGGGACCUUCAACAUUCCAGACAAGGACGUGGAGCUGUACAAGGAGCUCUUCUCGAAGAUUGGGCUUCCCGGCGGGAAGCCUUUCUUCACCACGGUCAAGGAGCCCGAUGGCACCUCGAUCACCCGCUUCUGGCGCUGGGAGCGACUCAAGACCUGGAAGGCCAACGCUACCAGCUCUGGGAAGAAAGGCGCGACGCAGAUUCAGGAUGUGUCGGUCACCUGCGCGAAGCUCUUCAAAGACCACCCGCGUGCGGAGAUCUACCAGAGGCUGCUUUUGCAGAUGUUUGAGGUCUUCGAGGCCCAGAAGCUCACUGGCGGCUUCAGUGGGUCCUUGGUCAUCCGGGUGCAGCCCUUCGAAGCCGAUGGCCGCCCUGGCGAGCCGUGCAUUGUGAAGUUGGACGAGGGAAAGGCCAUCCGGACGGAGGCGUCGAACUCGGAGAAUGUCUUCAAGGCCUUGCCAGACCGGGCCGCCCGAAUCUUGGGCGACGCCGUGUACGGCAGGGACAAGGAGAAGAACGAAGAGUUUGGGGCCAUGCGGCGUGAAACAAGGCUCGAGUUGGCUGGCGCCUGCUGGAACGUUCCGGAGCUGGCGCAAGGCUCCUCGAACUUACUCUCGACCUUCAAGGACCUCCUCCUCUACGAGAGCGAGCAGAUGCUGUUGGGGAGUGCCGGCCUGGUCGGCAGCGACGACCUCCGGCCCUUCGGCAACGUCAACAGCGUCCUGGCCCGGCAGCCCAGGCGCCAUGUCAGGUUCGACGGUUUGAUGCUGUUUCCACGAUGGUCCUCGUUGCAACUGCCAUAA